ACUUUGGAGAGGAGACGUCAGGAAGUUCAGCACUGGAUGGAAUAUCGUGCAGUGCUAUCAAGUGAAGACGCUGUGCUGCUGGAUUUAAAGCAGAGUCUCGAGCUCCUGCUGUGAUUUCUCUGCACCUUCUGGCAUAAAGACGGUAGAGAAAAAAGAAAAAAUGUCAGUUUCUUUGGACUCAAUAACUUGUGAAGACGUAACUGUGAACUUCAGUAAGGAGGAAUGGGCACUACUAAAUCCUUCAGAGAAGAAGCUGUACAAAGAUGUGAUGUGGGAAAUAUUCCAUAACUUUGUCUCAAUAGAAAAAUUGCAGGAAGAUCAUUUUAUUGAACAACAGGAACACCAGCAAAGAAGUAAACAAAGAAAUGUAGAAGAGAAGUUAUCUGAGAAGAAGGAAGGAAUUCUAUAUGGAGAGAAACCUCAUGAAUGUGAAAUAUGUCACAAAAAAUUCACUUGUUCCAGUUAUCUUCAAACAUCUAAAAUAACUCAAAUCAUGGAAAAUACCUAUAAAUGUAAACUAUGUAGUAAAGAAUCCAUUCAAUCCAGUAAUAUUUGGACACAUGAAAGAUCUCAAAGUGGAGAUAAUUUUUAUGAAUGUAAAGAAUGUAGUAGAACAUUCAGUCAAGUCAAUUAUCUUCUGUUACAUGAAAAAACUCACAGUGGAGAUAAACCUUAUGAAUGUAAACAAUGUAGUAAAAGAUUUAGUCGCUCCAAUUAUCUUCAGUGCCAUGAAAAAACUCAUAGUGGAGAGAAACCCUAUGAAUGUAAACAAUGUAAUAAAACAUUCAGGCGAUACAGUCAUCUUUGGAGCCAUAAAAAAACUCACAGUGGAGAGAAACCCUAUGAAUGUAAACAAUGUAGUAAAACAUUCAGGCAAUCCAGUCAUCUUCAGCGCCAUAAAAAAACUCACAGUGGAGAGAAACCCUAUGAAUGUAAACAAUGUAGUAAAACAUUCAUUUGCACCAGUUCUCUUCGGCAACAUGAAAGAACUCACAGUGGAGAGAAACCCUAUGAAUGUAAACAAUGUAGUAAAAGGUUUACUCGCUCCAAUUAUCUUCAGCGCCAUGAAAGAAUUCACAGUGGAGAGAAACCCUAUGAAUGUAAACAAUGUAAUAAAGCAUUCAGGUGUUCUAGCUCUCUUCAGACACAUGAAAGGACUCACAGUGGAGAGAAACCAUAUGUUUGUAAACAAUGUUGUAAGACAUUCAGUCGAUCUUGUCAUCUUUGGAGACAUAAAAAAACUCACGGUGGAGCUGUCUGGGAGGUGGCAAAGUUGUAAAGCUUUGGACUCUCAAGCAUGAGGUCCCGAGUUCGAUCCCCAGCAGCACAUGUGCCAGAGUGAUGUCUGGUUCUUUCUCUUUCCUCCUAUCUUUCUCAUAAAUAAAUAAAAUAUUAAAAAAAAAAAAACUCACAGUGGAGAGAAACCCUAUGAAUGUAUACAAUGUAGUAAAACAUUUACUACCUCCGGUUCUGAUACAUAAAAGAAACCACAGAGGAGAGAAACCCUAUGGGUGUAAACAAUGUAGUAAAACAGUCAGUUGUUCCAGCUCUCUUCCAACACAUGAAAGAUAGAUAUCACAGUGGAAAAAGCCCCUCUGAAUGUAAACAAUGUAGUAAAAGGUUUAGUCGUUCCAGUCAUCUUCGGAUACAUGAAAGAACUCAGAGUGGAGAGAAACCCUGUGAAUACAAAUGGUGUAGUAAAACAUCAGUUGUUCCAGCUCUCUUGAGACACAUGAAAGAACUCAAAGUAGAAAGAAACACUAAGUUGUGGUCUAGGAGGUGGUGCAGUGGAUAAGCAUUGGAUUCUCAACUAUGAGGUCCCCAGUUUGAUCCCCAGCAGCACAUGUACCAGAGUGAUGUCUGGUUCUUUUUCUCCUAUUUCUCUCAUGAAUAAAUUCUAAAAAAAGAAAAGAAAAGAAAAGAAAAACACUAUAAAUGUAAACAAUGUAGUAAAACAUUCAGUCAAGCCAGUAAUCUUCAACACAUGAAGUUAGACACGAGUGAAACCUUAUGAAUGAAAGCAAUGUAGUAAAAUACUCAAUUCAUCUAGUUCUCUUCUGACACAAAAUAAUUUAGAUAGGAAAAUUGUAUGAAAGUAUUCAGUCAUUCCUCUACUAUUCAGAAGAAUAAAAGUAAAAUAUUUACUAAAGCCUGCAGUGAUUCCAGAAAUUUUUAGAUACGUGAUAGCACUUGCAUUGUAGAAAGUCCUUGUGAAUGUAAGUAUGUUGUAUAUACUGGACCCACAGUGCUCACAGCAACACAUGAUAAAAAUUACGUAACUAUGGUAUGUUAUAAAAUAAUUCUAGAUCAUUUUAGAGAUUAUAUACCUGCUGUAAUAUUGUAAUCAUGGAAUUAUGAUAUGAUUACAGUCAUCUCAAUUUGUUUAUACCAAUCAUUUGAAAUCAUAUUUCAUUAGAUCUAAUAAUUGUAGCUCAUUUUUAAAACAUGAACUUAUGCAAUUCAUAUUCAGUAAUUGUGGUUUUACAACAUUAAUGUUAUUUUGUCUAGUAAACUCAAGCCCUGGAUACAUUUUCACCUGAACUACAGUCUUUUCUGGCAGGUUAUAAGCUAGUUACUUUAUUUCUCUCUGGGGCACCAUCUCUUCAGGCUGACUUUUUCAGAUAGAAAGAUUGAGACAGAAUGGUAGAGCAAGGAGAAAUCAAACUACAACAUUACAUAUAUCUUCCUUCCAUGCCAUGGGAACUGUUUUUAACUUGGAUUAUAUACA